GUCUGGUCUGAUCUGGUCUGGUCUAUUUAAGUCUGGUCUGGUCUUGUCUGGGACUGAAAAUAGUCCAAAAGAAAACAUCCUUACUCGAAUAUUUGGAAGAAAAAAUGGCAUAGAUAUAACUUCUAGAGUUGUUGUAGAUAAAAAUAUGACCAUAAUUCAAUUUGACAAAAAAGUGACCGGCUAACUAUUUCAUAGCAUAAACGCUCUCAUCCGUAUCCAAGCUUCCGUCCUUGUAGCGCUGAAUCAACAAGGCUUCCGUCCAGAGCUCAUCCGUCUUCCGUCCUCAAGGCUUCGCCGCGACCUGCAGACAUCAUCUCCGACUCUUCGUAAUCUGACUUCGUCUGCUCUCUUCUCAAUCGUCUUCUCCGCUCCAGAGCUCAUAUGCGAGAACACAGAGCCGCAGCUGCAGCCACCGUGAGAAGAGAGCCACCGAUGUCGAUUCCGUCGUCUCCGCCGCCGAUGAACCUCUCCCUUGGCCUCGCUGCCACUCUUCUUCUCUCUUCUUCUGGUCUGCAACCCCAUGGCGAGCAGAAAUCGGUCACAUCUGGGGGAGGGCGGCGGCUAGGGUUCAUUGGCGGUGGUCAGUGCUAGGUUGGGCUGUCAAAGGUGGGGCUGGGAGGGGUGGAUUGGGGCUGCUUAGGGUGGUCGGAGAUGUGCAGCAGAGAUUGAGUGGCUAAACGGUUGGAUCUGGGUUGGGGUAGCAGGGGAGGGGGCUGGGGUUGCAGGAGAGGGGGUUGGGGGCAGAAAAGGGGAUUGGGGGAGCAGGGGAGGGGGCCGGGGUAAGGGCGUAAGCAAACUCAAGCAAUGGUGGUGGUGUCGAAGCGGCGUUGAUGGUUUCCGGUGAAGAUUUUGGUGCUAAAAGUCGCCGGAAAAUUUCCCGACGACAUAGUGACACAUUUUCCGGUGUAGUGACAUAGGUGGUGUCUAUAGUGACACGGGCGGUGACCGCAGUGACAUGGGCGGUGGCCGCAGUGACAUGGGCGGUGGCCGCAGUGACACGGGCGGUGGCCGCAGUGACACGGGCGGUGGCCGCAGUGACACGGGCGGUGGCCACAGUGACACGGGCGGUGGCUACAGUGACACGGGUGGUUGUAGUGACAUCAUGUUUUCUAAUUCUACGUAUAUGACCUUUUUGAUCACUUUUUUGUCUCUUUUUAAAAAUGGUCACUUUUUGAGUAAUUGGUUCAGAAUUAGUAAUAUUCAAGUAAAAACCCCUAUUUGGAACAAGAAAAGUAAGUCUCGAAAUAAUACUCGGAUUCACCUUAUCUCUCUGAAAUAGUUUCCGAUCUUGAUAUAACAUCAUUGGAAUAUGUCUGACUGCCUUAAAAAGUAUUUUCAAGAAAUAUGAAUGAUUCAAAUGAUCGCCCAAUUCAUUUGGAAUCUUUAUCAGAGGCAGGCCCAGAUAAACAAUAAACUAGGAGUAUAAUAAUUCGUAAAAUUAUUUCCAUCGUAUACUUCCAAACAUGGAUCAAAUAUUGUCUUCCUCUAACCCAAAGAGAGUUUCACGUAGCCUCGGCUUCCAAGUUCUAUCAGGACUUUUAUUCUAUCGUAGUAAUCGGAUCUAAACUUCUGGAUUAACAUCUAUAAAUAUUAAUCAAGAAUUCGCUCUCUGCGUCUACACUUUGCCGAAUAUAACGAUUUGAGAGAUCAGCGUACCGGAAGCGGACCGAUGUAGGGCUGGGCACGGGCCGGGCCGGGCCGGGGCGGGUAAUGCAAAAUAAAAUGGAACCGCCGGUUCCAUUGUACGGUCCGGUCCGGUCCGGGCAUUGCAACUUUCAAAAUAGGAACCGGACCUUACCCGGCCCGUUUGAAACGGGUCGGUCCGGUCCGGGUUUUACGGUUUCUAUUCUCAUGUCGUAAAAUUAGUAAAAACUCACAAAGUUCCAAAAAUCAAUAAUCAAUAAUAUAGUACAUUAGCAAGUUUCAAAAUAACAACAUAGUGAUGCACAUGUAACACAAUUGACAAGUCCAAUACUCCAUAAUUUCAUGUAUAUAAGUUCCAAACAAUUAAAGAAGUUCCAAAAGUCAGCAACAUAGCCAAAAUACAUAUUUUCUAACAUUUUAAUUUAAAAAUGUUGUCUAACAUCACAUAUUAAGGUGAUUGUGUGUUUUUUAUUAAAUUUUCAGUAUUAGCCAAAAUUGACACAUACAUGGGAGUGGUAAUCACAAUUUAUAUAUUUUAAGAACAAUACUAUAAAAACAAAUACGGAGUAUUACAAAAUCAUCUUUAACAAAUAAUUAAAUUCCAUAGAAAGGAAUAAUUCAAUAACAAUAAAAAGUAAUAAGAAAUUAGUGUAAAAUUUAAUCAAUAAUUUGAAAGCAAAAUAUUGUUACUGCAACUCAAUUUGAAAUCCUACUUCUAGCAAAGGAAAACAAAACUAUUUCAAAACCGAUUAUCACAAAACUAUUAAUAAAUAUUAAUAUACAAUAUAUAUAACGGGCCGGGCGGGUACCCGGUAUUUUUUUAUUUUGGAACCGGCCCGGGUCCUUAAAAAAAAUUACCCGAACCUACCCGGACCGUUUUAUGGCAACAAAAAAUGGAACCGGCCCGUUUUGGACCCGAACUGCCAUUACCCGGACCGGACCGCGGUUCCAAGACCCGUUUGCUUCAAGGAGAUAGCCGCUUAUUUCUCCUGUUCGUUUCCGGGCCAAUAUGAGAAGCAGGUUAGCCGCUGAUUUCUCUGGUUACUGCCGCCGCCGAUGAAGGAGCAAGAAAGAAAGUUGCCAAUUUGAAGAAUAGGGGACUUGGAGAUGGAGCUCUGGACCAUGACGCUGAAGGUGCUGAGGACUGUAAGCUAUGGAGACGGAGCUCUGUUCGAUGAAGAUGAAGGUGCCGACUAUGAAUGCAUCUUUUGUUCGAUGAGCUCUGUUCGUGCGAAGUAGAUGACGGGCUGAAGUCUGAAGGAGUUGCUAUUAUUAGAUUGGGACGCCUUCAUCACUGGAGAAGAAGAUGGGAGCUAAUGAUGGGGCUAGCUGGUUUUUUGUUGCUGAUUUCUGGCGAGGGCUUUCUGCAGCGGAUUUCUUCUUGUGGUUACUUGAAACUGAAGCUUCAAGGAGGCUCUUUGUCUAUUUUUUUUUUCUUUUCUGUUUGUUGCUGGGCAAGUAUCGAAAGCAAGCUGGCCGCCGAUUGGUUUUCUGUAUUUCAAUGAAGAGCAGAGUAGAAUACUAUCGGAGUUGCUGCCAUUGGUACUGCCGGCCAGAGCUUUGUUAAUCGGUGGAAAGAGGUUUCAAGGAAGCAAAGCUGCUGCUGCUGUUUUCUUUUUAGAGAAAAUUCCAUCUCGUAUGACUAAAAGAAGAUGUCUUUCCUCAUCUAUGACUAAAUGGAGUUUUAUUCUUAUUAUAUGACUCACUUGUGUCAUGCCCAUGCGCGUGGUUUUAUAUUUAUAUUUUAAUCCCACAAGUGCUCUCUUUCAAUUUAAUGAAUGAGCUAUUAUUUCUCUCCUAAAAUAAAGGGCCGA